UGAAGUGAUGUUAUACUCAACUGCAAUCCAAAUGAAGGGCUUCGAGCCGAAACGUCAACAGUUCAUUUUCCUCCAUAAAUGCUGCCUGUCCCGUUGAGUUCCGUGAUAGUGAAGAUUCACCGCGUGUCUUUGAAAAGUUCUUGAUCGCUUACAAUAUUGCUUAAAAUGACUUCAACUUCAGAGAAAACACCUGAAACUGAAAAGGAGGCGAAUAAUAAGAUACUGGAACGAUGUCUUAAAGUUCUACAUGAUGCAAAAAAUGACAGUGAACAGUUCGCAGCACUUUUACUGGUGACCAAAGUGGUGAAAGCAAGCGAAACCAAUGCAGAAACUCGACGACGAAUAUUUGAUGCUAUCGGAUUCUCUUUCCCAAGCAGGCUGCUUAUCACCAAGGAAUCACCCAGUGGCUGUCCCAAUCAAAUCUUUCGAGCUCUUGGCUUGACUCUUUUUGCAUGUUUUUCCACAAGUCCAGAAAUGGCUACUCACCCUGAAAUGUUCAACAAAAUUCCCAUUUUCAAUGAAGUCAUCAGUUCGCAAAUGGAACCUGGGGCAGAUAUUACCACCUUCACAUCAAUGAUUGAUGAUUCUUAUCAGUGUCUUCAGACAUUUUCUGCCUGUUCUGAAGGACAAAAGCAAUUAGUAACUCAAGGAACAGUGUCUGCAUUAUGUCAGGCUUAUAUAAACCAAUGUCAUGGUUGUGAGAAAGCAUUGCGUCUACUUGUCAGUCUGCUGAAUGCAAUGGAAAAUAUAUGUUGGAAUACUUCUAAACCAGAACUCUUUAAAGUAUGCAACGUGCUUAGUGAACAGUUUGCUGCAGAAGAAGGUAACCGGAAAUUUGAAUUGUGUAACAUAAUGCAGCAUUUUCUUCCUAACAUGUGUAUCCUGAAAGAGGACCCUACCUUCACUGCAUGCUUGAAGAACUGUUACACUGGUCUCUUCAGUAUACUGAACAGUAAACUGAGUAUCUCACAGAGAGAUCCAGCACUGAAACUUGCUGGACUUUUGUUGGCUGUGUAUGGUUCAGACUGGCUUUUAGCAGUAAAUGAUGACACAAGAAUUAAAUUCUUGACAUUGAUAGUGAACCUAGCCUGUGUGGAGGUACGGAUUUGUUUGGAAGAUCCUGGACUUGAGGCAACUUACUCUAAACCAGAUGUCAUCACCGCGUGUUACAGUAUAAUUGAGUUUGGGAUGAUGGUUUGUGUGCUUGACGAUAAAGUUCAUCUAACAGAAGCUGAAAGUGGACAAUUAGUAAAAAUAAUGGUGGAGGCUUUUGGAGCAAUCAUUGGCUAUCUUAAGCAAGUGAAUGAGGAACAGCUGAGAGACCCAUUUGUUUUUGCCUCAGUCAGAGCCCUGGGUGCGUGGAUGGCCGAAGAGACUUCUGCACUAAAGGAUGACAUCUGUGAAGUGCUACCUUCACUGAUCCGGUAUGCUCAGAUGCUGUUUGAAUGCCCAUUUAGACCAAAUGAUAUAGACAGUGAAGUAAAGGAGCUCUCUCUGACUGAUCCUUCUGAGGCAAAAACUUGGUCAAAAGAUGCUUUGAGGUUCUUGUUACCUGGAUUUUGUCACCUUUCAGCUGAGGAUGCUCCUCGAAGAAUCUUAAUUUCACAUGGGUUUCAUGUUUUACUUUACCGCUAUUUUGCACAACAGUGGAAGGUCUUCAGUUCUUGGCAAAAUACACCACCUUUACCCGAUGAUCCUGAAAUGAAUCUCCGAACUGCCUGUGGAGUUUUCCUUAAUCUUGUGGUGACUGAGCCUGCACUGAUCAGAGAGGAAGAGUGCUUCUCAUCUUUACUUAAGUUGUUAAUGGAGUCCUUGCAGUCACUGCUUUACAAUCAGCGUUUCCUGAUUCUUGCUGCCAAUUUCACCACUUUGGGAUUAAUGAUUAGCCGCAUAUUCGCUGACACACCAGUGCUUCAGGGAGACUCAGUAUCCAAAGGGUUUUUCCAAGAGGCGAUCCACUUUCUUUCAAAAGCACACACAAUACAAAGAGAAAAAAUGGAUCAAAGAACAUGGAUUGUCCAGACUGAGAAGUACCAGGAAAUUUGGGAUCAAAUUUCUGAGCUUUGGUUUCUAGGAAUGCAAGCUUUUGGUAGCUGCAUACCUUUGUUACCAUGGCUGCCACAAAGUAUAAUUGACUCAGAAUGGUUGAAUGAUAUUUUUGAUUUGCUAUCUCAAGCUUCCCCUGUGACUGUAGAGUCUGAUCUUAUUACUGCCUUUCAAUCUGUUUUAGCUGAGUUAGCAAAGAACAAUAAAUCAUGCAAAGACUUUAUGUUAUUGAAGAACGGUGCGGAGAAAGCAAACCUGUAUGGAAUGUCUAUUUUGGAACAGGUUCUCUGUGAAAAUUAGAGAAAGCCAAACUUGCUGUCCUGAAUUUCCCAGAUUGAGCCACCAAUGUAAAGAUUGGAAGCUUUAUUGUGUUUUCAAAAGCUGAAAAGAUUUACUUGUGAAUUUUUUUUCCACCAAGUUAUUUGAAAUUUAUUUUGAGUUAUUUUGAGUUCUUUCUGCUAAUUAAAGUUUUAUUGUUCACUGUUUUUCUUUGCUCUAAGGAGCAGCUUUGUCCCAGCACGUUUUUACAACUAAGAAAUCUCAUGAUUUAUCUUCUUACAUUCAUCUACUUUUGCCCUUGGUUGCAAAAGUUUUAGCUAUAAUCAGUUAAAUUUUAAUAUCUAAGUCAGGAUGAUAUGUUGUCAUCUGCAGUGUAUGAUCGAAAAGUGAACUUGUUACAAAAAAUUGAAUCAUGUAUUAUUGCAUAAUAUAAAAACAAUUACAGUGUGCUUGUAAUGUCAAACACCAAUGUGAUUGACUCUUAAAUUAGUUGUGCUGCCAUAUCUUGUAAUAAUAAUUCAAGCUGGGUUGGACAGUCUCGAAAAUGAGUGCACAACAUUAAAGUGCUGGUACACAGUGUAACUCUCCUGAAUUAGAAAUUUGCCUGUUAGUGCCCACGAUUUAAAAGCAUAUAGGGAAAUAAUGAUCUGGGUUUUGGAAUACAUUAUGUUGCUGGAACAGAAAGUAGAAAACGCUGUCUCAGAAUACAUUUUAUUCAGCACUGAAUGAAAACUGGGUGCUUUUAAAGAAUUGAUGAUAAUAAGCACAUAAAAUAUCCACAGAAUUAUAAAGAGAUAUUUAAUGAUGUCUCUUGGUUCAUUCAGACUUUAACAAUCUAUUGGUUGGCUGUGUAAGUUUAUGUGCAAUAGUUAAUCUCUAUUUUAUGUGCAUUGUUAAAAUCUCUACUUAACCCUCGAGUAAAAUCUUUCAACUUUCUUUUGCAAAGAUAUUGUUGUUACUGUAUUUUGGCGAGUUCAGAUUGAAGUAUUGUCUUUUGUGUUUAUCAGUAACCAUGAAGUUAGAGGGGUUGUUGGAAAAUAUAAAUUGUGCAGUAAUAUUUUGAUACAAAUAAAGGGUGAUUACUUUUUUACUCUCCCA